AUGUCUCUUACAAAAAUAUCAUUGUUGUUGAUGUUCACUUUUUGCUUGAUAUCUGCACAGGCAGCAAGGUUUGACAUUGUCAACCAAUGCUCCUACACCGUGUGGCCAGCUGCCAUUCCCAGCGGUGGCGGUGUACGGUUGGACCCCGGACAAUCAUGGAGUAUAGGAAUCCCGGCUGGAACCAGCUCGGGCCGAGUUUGGGGUCGAACCGGUUGCCAUUUUGACAACUCAGGCCACGGUACAUGUCAAACCGGUGACUGCGCCGGUGUGCGUGGUUGCACCUUAUCAGGUCAACCUCCGACGACACUUGCUGAAUUCACGCUUAACGGCGGUUUUAAUCUGGAUUAUAUUAAUCUAUCUGUAAUUGAUGGGUUCAACGUUCCCAUGCAAUUUAGUGGAUGCAACAAAGUGCUAAAUUGUAGGGAUGCUUCUUGCCCUGAUGCUUAUCAUACACCUAGUGAGAAUCAAAAAGUGGCUUCAUGCCCAGGUGGUACUAACUAUAGAAUAGUCUUUUGCCCUUAA